AUGGCAUGUAAAAUUCAUAGAGUGCGAUAUUAUAAUCCAAAACCGGAAACAAUAAACUGUGUUUCUUUUAACAAAAAAAGUAAACUUGUAGCAUUAGCCAGACAGGAUGCCUCUAUUGAAAUAUGGGACUUAAACUAUGCUCCAUAUUUAUUAAAGUUUGUACCAGGAACACUUAAUGCAUCAAUUGAGGCACUUGGCUGGGUGAACCAAAGACUGCUGUCCACAGGCUUGGGCGGUACUUUACUGGAGUGGGACUUAGAAAUUCUUUCCGUUAAAGCAUCUGUCAUGCUAACUGGUUAUGCUGCUUGGUGUCUUGAUGUUAAUUCUACAAAUACAUUAGUAGCUGUAGGAACUGAGCAGGGCUAUGUAAAUUUAUAUUCUGUUGAAAAUGAUGAGAUUGUGUACAAAAAGAUUUUUGACAAGCAAGAAGGCAGAAUCAUGUGUUGCAAAUUUGAUAAUACAGGCACUGUAUUAGUAACAGGCUCUGUUGACACUAUAAGAGUAUGGAAUGUUGAAACUGGUCAUGCAACUUGUCGAAUUUCUGUAAGUCGUAGAGGAAAAGAGACUAUUGUGUGGUGUCUUGCAGUUUUAUCAGAUAAUGUAGUCGUGUCAGGUGAUAGUAUGGGAAGGCUCACAUUUUGGGAUAGUACCCUUGGAGAUCAGAUUGAAUCAUACAAAACCCACAAGUCUAACAUAUUGUCUAUAGCAGUGUCUGAUGAUGAAAAGAGUAUAUAUUGUAGUGGUGUAGAUCCAGUUAUUAUUAAUUUUGUCAAGGUUAAUAAUAGUAGCUUAGGUAAACAAAGCACCUCCCAAUGGGUAAAAAAUGUUCAAAGGAAUAUACAUGAACAUGAUGUUAGAGCCCUUGUCCUAAAUGGUGACAAACUUAUAUCAGUUGGGACAGAUGGUUAUUUAACACUUUCAAGCUACCCUCCAAAAUGGGUGAUGCGAGUUCCUCAUAUGAUACCAGCUCCCAGAUCAUCAGUAUGUGCUUCAAAAAAACUGUUACUGCUGAGGUACAGUAACUAUCUUGAGGUUUGGAAGCUAGGUUCAUAUGCAGUUAAUAAUAAAGGCAAUGUGACUAUUUCAAAUAUCCAUGUAAAACAAAACAAUAAACAAAAAGAUGAUAGUAGUAUAUUAGAACAAGAUACAGAAUUAGAUGCUAUAAAUAAAGUGAACAAUGAAAAUGGAAAACAGAAACAAAAUCUCAAACUAACAGAACAACCUGUGAAACUGGUGUCAUUACAAACUAAAGGAAAAAAGCAGAUCAAAUGCUGUGAACUUUCACCCAGUGGAGAAUUAAUUGUUUACUCUACGGACAGUAACAUUAGAAUGUUGAAAUUUGAAUAUGAUGAUGACACAAGUAACGUGUCUCUAUCAAAAGUGGUAGUUACGGGGAUCACAAGCUGUGACCGUGUAGCGUUCACACCAGACUCGCGCACGAUGCUAGCGUACAGCGCCGGAGAGGUGAAAGUACUGCAGGUGGACCCUGAAGCGGGUGCCGUAGUUGUGCAGACGGUGUCAUGUGAUAAAUAUCUUAAAACAAAAUCAGUACUACAUCUGCUAGUGUCAAAAGACACGCCAUCAAAUGCAAUAUAUUUAGUGGUAGCUGACACCGAGGGCGAUAUUGCAGUUUGGAUAAAAAAAUCUAAAAAAAUCGAAUUUUACGUCUCAUUACCCAAAUACAGAUGUGUACCGUCUGCCUUGACAAUUGAUAGCAAAACAGAAAAUCUAUUAAUUGCAUAUGUCGAUCAAAAGAUAAUAGAGUACGAGUUAGUAAACAAGAAGGUGUCGAAGUGGUCCGGCGCGACGCGCGGCGCCUCGCCCGCCGCGGCGCUGGCGGCGCACCCCGCGCGCGCCGCGCUUGUGUGUCAAGACGAUGCUGCUUUAUGGAUAUUGGAUAAAAAUGUGCAGACUGACAUGGAUGAACCAACACCUAAAAGAAAAAACAAAAGUGGCAACUCAAAUACAGGAGUUCGGAUAAUUCCUAUAAAGUAUUUAGCGGGCUUCCACUGGCUCGGCGACGAUGAAGCGGUGACGUUAGAAAUAUUACCAGAAAAUAUUGUAUCUCAGCUGCCACUGAUGGUAGCCUCUAAGAGACAUAUG